AUGUUAAACUUCGAGACUUUACACUUUUGCUUAUUUAUGAGUUCAGUGAGAAGUGUUACAGGGUGAAGUGUAACUAUCUACAAAAUAAUCAUUUUCAUUUCCCGUUCAUGUCGUUUUUCAUUGCCCUUGUAAUGCAAUAUUCAUGUAACGUUAGGUAGACAAUUCAGUCAAUAAAGUUUUGAACAGAAAAAAAGAGGCUGAGCAACCAGGACUGUAGUUAGCCAACAUUAGCAGUUUGCCAAGAGAAGUAAUUUAGCUACAGUAACAGCAAACUAUAUUUAGAUAUAAUAGCUAAACCCAAUCGCAUCAACACAACGUUAAGGCACGGCAGUGGGUUUUCCCUGUCACCAGUUACACUCCUUGAGGUCUGAAGAUGGAGGAGGACCAUGUUCACUGUAUGUCCUGCGUUAAUCAGAGAUGCCAGCUCAGACCUCAACUGGGAAUUUCUUGUGAUCUUAUCGCCUGUCCCCUGCUGUGUGGGGCUGUAUUUCACUCCUGCAAAGUUGACGAGCACCACCUCAUGUGCACACUGAUGAGGGUUCCCUGCCUAAACCGUAGCUACGGCUGCCCCAUCACCCUUGUUCGCAACCAAAUGUAUGCACACCUGGAAGUGUGUCCAGCUGGAGUCGUAUGCUGCACAAUGGAGUGGAACAGAUGGCCCGUUAGCUGCUUGGACUAUACUUCCUAUGAGAGCCUGAGCCAUGGGGUGGAGGAGGUGGAGCAGCUAGACAUGGCACUUGCUCUUCAGGACCAGCGUACACUACUCGAGUCCCUCAAGGUGAUCACCAUGGCGCCUACUGCAGAAGGAGAGCCCCUCGUCCCUGUUAGUAAGGGCACGAGUGCAACAGACUCGGCUUUCCUUGCAUCCGCGCCGCAGGCCUCCACCGCCACGGAGUCACCCACCACACAGUCACCGUCCUCACGUUCGUCACAACCUCCGUCACAACCUCCGUCACAACCUCCGCCACAACCUCCGCCACACGCCUCGGCAAAGGAGCGAAUUGCCGGUGGGAUUAAUGGCUUGAACGAGGAAAACUUUGGUGAACUCUACGAGGCCACAUUGGAGACUGCGAGAAGCUUAGUUGCUGCUUUGGACUUUGUUAGCAGUGCGAACUCUGCCAACAGCAGCAAAGACUGUAUCGAGAGUGGCUCAAGCAACUACGUCAAGAACGGACCCGACGUAAAAACGCUCUCUGGUGGUUUGAAUGAAAAAGAGACGGCCGAGCAAAGUGUUUGUUCCGGCUGUUUGAGAGGAACUGGGGCUGCGAUGGGAACAGCUCUAAAGACUGUAGAGACAACAAAUGAACUCUCAGGAGGAAUGGAGGCCUGUCUGGAGACGGACCGCCCUGUUGAGGUGAACGAGGACAUGAACGCUGGAGUUUCCCAGGAACCAGCCACGCCCCCGAUGGCAUCUCCACUGCAUGUCAGCCAUGGGGUGGCACAGAAGGCUGCUCAUGUGGUCCGCGGACACUGUGGGCCAGUGGUUUUAGGGCGAAAGUCGGACAACUACCAUUUUUUUAGGGACCAGGGCCAAUGUUCACUACCUAACGGACGUGUAGGUUUCACCCCGGAGAGGUCGAGGUAUCGACCUCGACCCAAAACGGACGACAAGGCAGUAGACACCUCGGAUCUGGAACAGGUUGACGACCCCAUGGGUCUGGGAGAAGUCGAUCUGAUCACAGCAGCGCUGCUCUUCUGCUUAGAGGAGUCCAGAGAGUGCAGGAGGAUCUCUGACACGGUCUACGCUGAUGGCUGCCGCGUUGGCUUCGGAACGCAGACUUUCACUUUCCCUGCAGCCAUCUUGGUGACCAACACCAGAGUGGGUGAAAUCGCCUCCGCAUCCGCCUGUGACCACGCUGCCCCACAGCUCUCCUAUCCGAGCCCCCUCCGCACCCUCCGCCUGGGCCUCGUGCUGGAGGCGCCGGAGGUCGACGCCGUCCCGCACAACCGCUACCUCCCUCUCAACCCCCGCUACCAGCACAUGUUCCCGUUCGUCUGUGGCCAGUCGUUGCGCCGGGACCAGUUUUCUUCCCAUUUCACAAAUGUCCACGGCGACAUUCACGCCGGGCUCAAUGGUUGGCUGGAGCACCGCUGCCCCCUGGCAUAUUAUGGCUGUACGUUUUCUCAGCAGAGGUUUUACCCGUCUACAGAGGGGGCCAAAGUGGUUCAUGACAGGCACCUCAAGUCCUUCGGGAUCCAGCCUUGCCCGAGGGCAAAAUUUCCGAGUGACUUCCACUCCGACCAAUUUAGUGGGCUUCCCAUUGAGAUAUUCUGCCACAUAGCCGGGUUCCUGGACAGUUUCAGCCUGUGCCAGCUGUCACUGGUGUCACGGACGAUGAGGGAGGUGUGCGCCAGUCUCCUCCAGACCCGGGGCAUCGUGGAGCUGCAGUGGGAGCGGAGACGACGCCCCGGUGCCCUCGGCAUCGUGUCCUGGGAGGUUAAAAACAGAGUGUGGAGAUUCAGCACGGCUUUCACCCCCGUGCUGUCUUGGGGUUUCACCGACCUCCCCAGCAUGUCGAACCACCUUAAGAAGUGCCCCUUCAACAACGUGGAGCACAAGACGCAGCCUGUCCCGCUCCCCGCCAUGUACACCCCACGAGACAGCCACUCGCUGCACCUCGUCCGCCGUCACAUCAACGCCUGAUCCAACCAAGCUGCACAAGAGUCACCGUGCUACUGUGUGGAUGUUGCAAUUAAAUAUUUGAUGUCUUGAAAGCAUAUCACUCUUCCUGUUUCAGACUACAUUAUUAAGAAGCCUAAAUGAAAUAACACUCAACUUGCCACAACCAGGGUCUGUUGUUGUUGUUGUUGUUGUGGAUUGCAUGGACUUGUGCAGAAAUGUGUCCUUAUUCUGGCAAGAUAAAUAUAUAUUUUUCUCAAAAACAAAUAUGCAUAAUAGAUUUAUACUACUCAAUAUGAUAUACUGUAUAAAUGUUUUCACUACGUUGCCUUUCAGGUGGAUGAGCAGAUUGUUGGAUAUAUUGCACUGUGUGACAGAAGUUAUGCCAGCACUUUACAAAAGAUUUGCUUAACCCAUCACGCAUAUGUUGAUACGUGAUCCCAAAUGAUCUAGUCUUUGUGAUUCCUAUGGUGUCAACAACUUGCAAGUCUUUUUUUCUUGGUUUGUAGGACGUCAGGGCCAUAAAAAAGACGGCAAUUGAUAUAAAGGAGCCUGAUAAUGCAUGUGAUUUGCUAGGAUUUAAUAAAGUCUUUACAGCAUUUAAUGCAUUUUUAUUUCUUUUAAGCUCUUUAAUAUUAUUCAAUAUCAAAUGUUAUUAUGCAUUUUCUUUUUUGGACAGACUGAGAUUGUUAUAGAUACAUAUCUCUGAUUCAAAUACAAAUUUGGGUUUGUUUGAGAACCCAACUCAAAAGCCUGGAGUAUUGGAUUUGCAUGCAGACCUAUUUCACAAAUCAAAGAUUACUGUGAGGAAUAGUGCACACCAAUAUAAAUGGGAGGGGGGGGUGUCCUACCCCACCACUCUAUAUUCUAUAUUCUAAUGGUAAUUUUGUAUCCUAAUAUGAAUGGGGUAUUAUUUUCCAUUAAUUGUGACCCUCCUCUGAGCCUCUGGUGAUCAACACAAGCAAAAUGAACUGCCUGUUCUCUGCUCCGAUUAGUCUUAAAAUGUUCUCUUUGUCUGAGCAGCCUGUUUCCACCUUUCAGUUACACUCUGUUCAUAAACACUGGAGGAGAAAAAUCUCUCCUGGGAUCUGGCAGGCCUUUAAGUAUUGUGUCUGUGAAAUGCAUAUUUCUUAAUAUUAAAAUGACUCCGGUUACAUUUGCACCAAUGUAGUGGUAAA